AUUCUGAAUACAAAACAAAACUAAUAAUCGCGUGAUUCUGCUUGAACAAUUUAUUUUUGGGGAAAUAAAUAAAAUACAAUCAGGCGGUUUCCAUGUAAUGCAAAAAAACCUAACGAUUCUCGAGAAUAUCGAAUGCACAAAGUACGGCAAUGCAACGAACCGUGCUACCGCCGGAAACCGUGCUUCCGUCCGUCUACGCUGCUGCACACCUCGUCGGAGAAAGAAGCUAUCGUGCGGUUACAGAGCGUGCGGUUUUACGAUUGAUCAAGUUCGACCGGAAAAGUGUGCCCGCCAAUGGUGCGCGUGGCGGCGCGUCGUGUAGACGUGUUCGUACGAGAACUCCUCCUGCCAUCAACUCAAUCUCAAUUCGUGCUGUUAAUUCUCUUUCCCUAGUUGAAGAACAAGAGGGAAUCGCCAUGGCAUCAAAAAGCGCGACGAAAGAUAUAAUCACUCUGCGAGGAUCCGCCGCCAUCGUUAGUGAAUUCUUCGGUUAUGCUGCAAAUAGUAUAUUGUACAAUCGUGGAGUCUAUCCAGAAGAAAGUUUCGCAAGAGUGAAGAAAUAUGGGCUACCAAUGUUGCUUACUCAAGAUGAAGGGGUCAAAUCCUUCAUUUCAAAUUUGACUUCUCAGCUUUCUGAGUGGCUGGAAGCUGGGAAGCUUCAGAGAGUGGUGUUGGUGAUUAUGAGCAAAGCAACCGGCGAGGUGUUAGAAAGGUGGAAUUUCAGGAUCGAGACGGAUAAUGAGGCCGUGGAGAAGGGAGUUUCUAGGGAGAAAAGCGACAAAGAAAUUAUGAGGGAAAUUCAAGCGAUCAUGCGGCAGAUAGCCUCCAGCAUCACAUAUUUGCCUUGCCUCGAUGAGCCCUGUGUUUUUGAUGUUUUGGCAUACACCGACAAAGAUUGCGCCGUCCCUUUCACAUGGAUUGAGAGUGAUCCUAAGCUGAUUGCCAAUCCACAAAUGGUGAAAUUGCACUCCUUCGAUACAAAGAUUCACAAGGUCGACACUCUCGUGUCCUACAAGAACGAUGAAUGGGACGAGGCAUAGGCGAAAACAUUCUGCAAAAAGAGGGUUUGUGUAAUCUCAAGUGUGUGUGAAUCAUUGAUUCACCAGUUUGAUCUGAUCCAUAUUUUCAUGUCUUGUGUGGGGUGUGGUGUUAUCUUUUUACCGACCUUGGACAUAAAUCAGCACUGUGAUCCUAAUUCUCUUAAAUUUUUCUUGGAAGGAUGUACUCUGUAA